UAAUUCUAGUUGCAACUAUAAUAUAGAAAUUAGAAAGUGGAAGUGGGAUUUGCUGUGUUUAUUGCCUCGGGUAGUGGGCUCUAGGGAUUCCCUUUGUGUUAUGUAACAAAGGAAUGUAUUAUACGUAGUGAUGUUGGAGUCUGCAAGUUAUGUGAAAUGUUUUCUUUCUUGAACUUCUCGAGAUUCAUUAGUAUUAUGCUUUGCUUUAUCUCUCUGUCCGGUUCUUGAACUUAGAAUUUUUUUCUGAAUAUUUGAUCUUGUUUCAUUUUAGACCAGACCCAUCACGUGAAAUUAAAGAUAAACAAUGACUUAAUCUUCUUGCUGUUUCUCUCUCCCCCCCCCCCCCCCCCCCCCCUCUCUCUCUCUCUCUCUCUCUCUCUCAUGAGAGUUGAGUAUUUCAACCCAGUUACCAGAGAGUUACGUUCCUUGAUUACCUGCUCUUUGUCUGUUUACUCUUUGGUUGAACGAUUCCUUUGAGGGAAGAAAUGCUGGGAAACUGUGAGAAGAUGGUUCUCAUCUCUUCAACUGCCAAGGAGUGGCCACAGAAUCGGAUAGAUGAUCAGAAGGGGAUGAUGGCCUCAACAGCUAGGGCAAUGGAGAAACCAAGCCAGGAGCAAAAGCAGCAAGAAGCCCUGAAGUGCCCUCGCUGUGAUUCAUCAAACACAAAGUUCUGUUACUACAACAACUACAGUUUAUCUCAGCCCAGGCAUUUCUGCAAAGCCUGUAAGCGUUACUGGACCAGAGGUGGAACCCUAAGAAACGUUCCGGUGGGUGGAGGAUGCAGGAAGAACAAGAAAGUGAAGAGACCAGCAGCGUCAGCCAUCGAUCCACCUUCAUCUUCAUCGGCUCCAUCUGCAACUUCAAACCCUACUAUACAACCCCAGAUCGACUUGUCUUCGUCCUCAAACCACGUGAAUCCUUUGUUUUAUGGCUUACCCACAAACCCUUCUGAGCUCUCCCUUCCAUACCCCAGGUUUAAUGCUAGGAUUUCAAGUGUUGAUGCUGUUUCUGGUUUUGAUGUUCAGCCUCAGUUGAAUGCUCUUGGACUAGGGUUUUCUUCUGGUCUCAUGGCUAAUGAUGUUUCCAACACUGAUUACCAGAAUGGGUUUAAUCCAAACAAGCGAAUCCAGGACUGUGUAACCUCAAAUUCACUUCUUUCCAGUUAUUCCAUCUUUGGAUCUUCAACUUCUCCAUCAAUGGCUUCUUUAUUAGCUUCAAGCCUUCAGAAACAGAAGUUUAUCUCCAAUGGUUUGAAGGAUCUCAGAGAAGCUAGUAAUUUUCAGGGAUUAAUUCCUUAUGAAGACCUGCAAAUGCCUGGAAAUGGAGAAGCAGGUACUGGUGGGGUUUUGAAGGAGGCGAAAAUGGAGGAAGGCCAAAACAAGUUAGGGUGGAAUUUCUCUUCCCAGAACCAGAUGGAUCAGCAGAUCUGCCCUUCUGAUCCUUCUAUUUAUUGGAAUUCAACAAGUGCUGGUGCUUGGCUUGAUCCUGCAAAUAUGGGGCCUUCUGUCCCUUCUCUGAUCUAGCAAAAAACCAAACCUCAUCAUUUCUUUAGUGGAUCUCCCUCUUCUCUUUAAUCAACCUUUUUUUUUUUAACUUUUUCUUUUUUCGCUUAGCUAGCUAGCUUUGUUCUGUUGACCUUUCUUCUGGUUUAGUGAAUUUAUAUAUGGUCACAUUGGGGAGGGAAUUACCAAAAAAAAGCAAGAAAUUUUUCCCGUCCAAGGAUCAAAGAGAGAGGAGUUUGGAUCGGAGAGAUCAUGUCAGCUGCAAAGAAUUUCAGCCUCUUAUGUUUUUAGUUUCAAAAGGUUGAGAAAUCGAUUUGCUCUGAGAGGAACCUCCGAUCGAUCCUCCAAGUCUCAUCAACCCAAGUUUCACGUCAACUCCAGUGUUGUUGAAGAACUACAGCUGCCUCAAAGCACUACUGCUGCAAUUUCAUCCUCUAGUGAGGUUGGUGCUCUUAAUUAAUUAGUAUGUAUAUAUUGCAUGACAUUAAUUUCUAGUGUUCUUCCUGUAUUUGUUUUUGAAUUGGGGGUGGGGGGUUAAUACAUGUUGCAAAGAAAAGAACUCUUAUCAGGAACUAUUUGUUAUUUCCCUUUUUUCCAGGGUUUUUAUCCUUUCAGUCUAAUGUGGGAAAGGGUUCGGGUAUAGUGGUAUAGAAGAGAGGGAGAGAUUGGUUAUUUUCAUGGUGGGUAUGAUCUGGUUUACUUGUUGUUCAUGCCGAACUUUGUUGUUUCUCAUUCUAAUUAUAAGGAACUUUGGCUUUGGGGGAA